CCCAAGCAAGAUGAGCUGUCAAAAAAAUUGCGGCUUUGCAAGCGUGUGGCGUGUUUUAAUAAAAAAUCUUUGAAUUACUUUCAUAAUGAACUGUUUGCAAAAUGUGAUUAUUUAUUGUGUAUUUUAAACAGUAAAGAUCAUAUUUGUAGACUCAUUGGUAGGAGUCUUAAUGUGCAUAUCUGCAAAAAUGGUGUCGAGCAGCAGUACUAGGGUGAUCCAAGUCACCAACAUCGCUCCUCAGGCGACCAAGGACCAAAUGCAAACUCUGUUUGGUUACCUGGGGAAGAUAGACGACAUCAGGUUGUAUCCCACAAUACGGGACGUAUCGUGUCCCGUGCAGUCCCGUAUAUGUUACGUGAAAUACUACGACUCGGCAACGGUGACGGUCGCGCAGCACAUGACCAACACGGUGUUCAUCGACCGCGCGCUGAUCGUCAUACCCAUGCAGUCGGGUGAGAUCCCCGACGAGCACAAGGCGCUGGAGAUGUCCAGCAACGGCACGCUGGUGCCGGGCCUCAACAAUGUGGAGCCGCGGCUCCCGGCGCACGUCGUCAACUCGCUGGAGGGCGUCCCGCCGAGCCAAGUCAUCCAGACGUACGAUCCUAAGCUGGCGGCGCUGGGGCUGCCGCCCUAUCCCCCCCUCCCUGCCGCGUACGACUCUCGCAAGAUUGAAGAGAUCAGGCGGACGCUGCUGCUCAUAGACGUGGGUGCCCUGACGUAUCAGCAAAUAAUAGACCACUUUUGCCAAGCGGGUGAAGUCAACUAUUUGCGUUUCUGUGACAGAGAUGUAGACCAACUGAAGUAUGCCCUCAUCGAGAUGACCGAACAAGAGGGUGUUUUAAAAGCGCUCCAGCUGAACGGAACCACUAUAGCGGGACAGAUCAUUCUGGUCCACCAUGCCACGCAAGCAAUAUGUAAGCCUCAGACUAAGAGCAAUGAAGCGGCGCAGAGGGAGAUAGAGGAGGCCAUGUGCAGGGUCAAGGAGGCACAGAACCUCAUCUCGGCUGCUAUUGAUCCUGUCAUUGGAAUGUUGUCUAAGGACAAGAGGAGAACCAGGUCCCGCUCCCGCUCCCGGCGCCGCUCCCGCUCCCGCUCGCGCCGCUCUCGCUCGCGACACCGCGGCAAGAGGUCGCGUUCGCGCUCGCGACACCGCUCUCGGCGCUCGCGCUCCCGACACAGACAUCGCACCAGAUCUCGUUCUCGUCACCGUAGCUCCCGUCGGUCCCGCUCCCGGUCGCGCCACCGCAGCUCGCGCUCCAAACGCGACCGCUCGCGCGACCGAGACCGCGACAAGAAAGACAAGAAAGAUUCCGGUGACAAGGACAAACGAGAUAAGGACCGAGACAAGGAUAAAGAUAAGGACAAAGAAAAGUCAAAGUCACCACCCAAAGAAGUUGAAAAGGAAGAACGCGAAGAAGUGUUACCCGAUAAACCUGAACAGGAGCUCAAUGGGACGAGCCUGGAGGUUAAAUCCAAAGCGUCUUCUCCAGUCGAUGAUAAAGAAAGAGAUUUAGACAAAGAGAAAGAAAAAGAAAAGGAGAAGGAUGUUAAGGAAAAGGAAAAAUCGCCCGCGAGGAAAAAGGAUCGAUCUCGUUCUAGAGAUCGUAAGCGCGAUCGCUCUCGUUCCAAGCGCAGAUCGCGGUCUCGGUCGCGAAGGAAACGAUCGCGGUCGCGCCGCAGGUCUCGCUCGAAGGACAGGAAGAGGACGCGCUCUCGCGACAGAAAGCGAUCGAGGUCGCGCGACCGAAAACGUUCCCGUUCGAGAGAUAGAAAGAGGUCCAGGUCGAGAGACAGGAAGCGGACUCGUUCGAGGGACAGGAAACGUUCUCGGUCGCGCGACCGGAAACGCUCGCGCUCGCACAGCCGACGCUCCAAGAGUCGCUCUCACAGGGACUCCAAAACGCCUCACGAGCGGAAGUCGCGAGACCGCUCCCCCCAUCUCCCCGUCGUUUUGGAGGAGAAAAACACCUCCUUGCUAGACAAUAAGCCCAUUGACAUUGCCGAUGAAAAGAACUCGCCAGACAAUAUGGACAUUUCUAAUUCACCAUAAAAAAAUAUUCAGUUUUAAUUUUUAAUUUGUAAAUGGGAUUUAUUAAUUAAUGAAAUAAUUGUUGUAUUUAAAGUUCUUUUUUUAUACUGUCCCCCGUGUAGUUUUACGUGUCGAUCAUGUCUCGUUUAGUUUUAAUAGUGAUAUGUUCUGAAUUGGUUGAUACUAGAUAAGUUAAGUGUAAUAAAGUAACUGAAUCUAA